AUGACUCACAAGAAAGGGUCAUGCGAGCGCUCUGGUAGCAUUACCUUUGGGGGAAAUUUACCUUCGGUGAAUUCGCUGUUGCAUGCGCCUGUCGCUGAUCUGAGAGUUGCGGAGGCAGCAACUCAGCGCCAUCAGCUGGAACCUCGCCAUGGCACCGAAAAAGCGCAGCAUGGCGAAGCAGCCAUCAAUCACCUCUGCAAGGCUGCAAAACACAGCCCUCAACAACAUCACGACACUGAAUGCUACCCAGUCACCUCUACUUCGACUCCCACCAGGAAUGCGCAGAAAGUCCUAGGCUACGCUGUUGGCAAUCAAUUCGUUUAUGUGGACUGUCCGGACGACCACUCCAGAUACAAGUUUGAGUAUCGAGUCUCUAUCCGAGGGGGCUCUGCAGGCGCUACUUCUGAGCCCCCUCCGGCGAGUAAACAGCUCUGGUGGGAAGUCCAACCAGUGUUCUGGACGACUAUGACACCCGUGUGCCUUUCUCCUAGCGCACUCGGCGACCUCCUCCUGUCAGGUAGUCCGCACCUUACUCAAAUUCGCCAUCUUGAGAUUGAGAUUGAAGUGGGAGACUGGGUCGAGGCGGUGGAGUGGAAGCCUGCCUUAUCAUCCCCGUUUUUUGACCCAUACCUAUCCUCCAACAUCGACAUCGUGCACGGUGUGCGCUGGCGGGACCCAAUCGUGCCCUUUGCCGUACGAUCUUUUCAGCACCGCAAAUUGGAUCCAAAACUUGUCACGACACACAUCAAUCGUGAAGAGUCGAGUAUGGGCUGGCAGCCAGAUGCAGCCCAGGCCGCUUCGCUGGAGAAGUCUUUCAAUACUGCCUUAUUUGAUUAUCACCCUUGGCAGCCUUACCAUCGUGAAUAG